AUGUUCCACAGUAACCUGCAUAACCAGGCCACAGAGACGUACAUGGACAAUCUGAUCCGCCGCUUGCAGAUGUAUUCAAGGACUCUGGAGAAUCUGGUGGAGGAGAGAACGUCUCUGUACAAAGCUGAGAGGGACCGAGCGGAUCGCCUCAACUUUAUGCUACUUCCUGGCCCAGUGGUGCGUUCACUGAAGGAAACGGGCCGAGUGGAGCCUGAACUGUUCGAGGAGGUGACCAUCUACUUCAGCGACAUAGUGGGAUUCACCACGCUGUGCCACUACAGCACCCCCAUGGAGGUGGUGGACAUGCUCAAUGACAUCUACAAGAACUUCGACAGCAUCCUGGACCACCAUGAUGUCUACAAGGUUGAGACAAUAGGCGAUGCAUACAUGGUUGCAUCAGGUUUGCCUAAACGCAACGGGGACCGGCACGCAGUGGACAUCGCCCACAUGGCCCUGGACAUGCUGGCAUUUGUCGGGACGUUUGAGUUGCAGCACAUGCCCGGCAUCCCUCUGUGGAUCCGUAUCGGUGUGCAUUCAGGACCGUGUGCAGCAGGAGUGGUGGGGAACAAGAUGCCUCGCUACUGUCUUUUCGGAGAUACAGUUAACACAGCGUCACGCAUGGAGUCCACAGGCCUGCCUCUGGAGAAUCCAUUCAGCCAGUCCACCAUUCAACAUCCCUGCAGAGACAAGACUGUAAUAUUUGAGUAUGAAACAAAAGAGCGAGACGUACCUGAAGGUUACGCAGGGGAGAACUGUCCAGCGGCUCCAGCAGGACCUGGCGGAGAUGAUCCGUUGUCCAGUGUUGGAGUAACCGUGGCCCUUGGGAACGAGUGGCUUCAAAGCUUCAAGAACAGGAAGACCCUCUCACCAAAAUCAAACGGAGGGAAACCAACGGCAGCCCUGCGAGAGGGGAACAGCUUGCCAGAGUUAGUACUUAAUCCACUGGCUGUCACCGACAACCCGUAG